GGGGGCGGGGCGCUGGGUCCGCGUCCCCUGUCCGCUCGCCCGCCAGCCCGGCCGUCGGUCCGUCCGUCCCGUCCCGCGGCGCCGCGCCCGCCAGCCAUGAGCUCUACGCAGUUCAACAAGGGGCCCUCGUACGGGCUCUCGGCCGAGGUCAAGAACCGGCUGCAGUCCAAAUAUGACCCUCAGAAGGAGGCGGAGCUCCGAAGCUGGAUUGAGGGACUCACUGGUCUCUCCAUUGGCCCAGACUUCCAGAAGGGUCUGAAGGAUGGGAUCAUAUUGUGCACACUCAUGAAUAAACUGCAGCCGGGCUCAAUCCCUAAGAUCAACCGCUCCAUGCAGAACUGGCACCAGCUAGAAAACCUCUCCAACUUCAUCAAGGCCAUGGUGAGCUACGGCAUGAAUCCUGUUGACCUGUUCGAGGCCAACGACCUGUUUGAAAGUGGGAACUUGACUCAGGUGCAGGUGUCUCUUCUCGCCCUGGCUGGGAAGGCCAAGACAAAGGGGCUGCAGAGUGGUGUGGACAUUGGCGUCAAAUACUCAGAGAAGCAGGAGCGAAACUUUGAUGAUGCCACCAUGAAGGCGGGCCAGUGCGUCAUUGGGCUCCAGAUGGGCACCAAUAAAUGUGCCAGCCAGUCCGGCAUGACAGCUUAUGGCACCAGACGGCAUCUGUACGACCCCAAAAACCAUAUCCUGCCCCCCAUGGACCACUCGACCAUCAGCCUCCAGAUGGGCACAAACAAGUGUGCCAGCCAGGUGGGCAUGACGGCUCCAGGGACCCGGCGGCACAUUUAUGACACAAAGCUGGGGACAGACAAAUGUGAUAAUUCCUCCAUGUCCCUGCAGAUGGGCUACACACAGGGUGCCAACCAGAGUGGUCAGGUCUUUGGCCUGGGCCGGCAGAUAUACGACCCCAAGUACUGCCCUCAAGGCCCAGCGGCCGACGGGGCUCCAGCAGCUGCUGGAGAUGGCCCAGGCCCAGGGGAGCCCUCAGAGUGCCCUCCCUACUACCAGGAGGAGGCAGGCUACUAAGACACCCGUGCGGGCCAUCUUCCCACAUCAUUGCCCCAUCUGGGUUUUUGGGUCUUUCUGUGUUUUUGGUCUUGUUUUUCUACAUGUCUGAAUGCUGCCAGUUGAGACUCUGGGGGAAAGGGGUGAAGGCCAUAUGCAGAUGCAUGUGGGGUAGGGGGUCCCCACCAGGGCAGCUCCAGGCAUCAGGUUUCCCAGCAGACUUUAGGCCAAGCUGUUAGGGGGAAGAAGAAACCCAGGCAAGGAGGGGAACUGGCCCCAAGUGGUUUCCGGUUACGUCUUCCCUGCUUCUCUUUUCUCUGCCGAUCAGUUUGUGGUUUCUGUACCCACAGAAGUUUCAGGCAGUUUUAAUGAAAUGAAAAUACUUUUUGUUCAGGGGAAUGGUGGUGGUGGGGCGGGGGGCAGGGAGGAUGCUGAGAGAAGGUCAGGCCACAGUCCCAAAAUAUUUUAGGCCUCAUGGAUUUCCCUAGGACUCUCAGAUCACCAAUCCUGGGCCCUCCCAGGGGCCCAGUGGGGACACUGAGGCCCAGGCAGGACAGUGGAGUUCUGAGCGCUUGAGACAAAGCCAGCCCCCACCCCCCACACUUGUCCCCACUCCCCCACCAAGUACUGCACUGGGACCCCCACCCAAAGGCCCCCACAGGGACCAGCCCCUGCCCAGGAGCCCUAGGACCAAGAAAUAAUGUGAAAAUACCAACUGUGGACCAAAGUAAAUAAAACCUCUUUUUGGAAAUGAA